AUGAGCAAUAACAAGUACGCAUUUUUAGACCAAGAACCCCCACCUGGGUAUAUUGCAGGUGUGGGUAGAGGAGCUGUUGGAUUCAGUACUAUCAAAGUCGCUUCUAACAAGAAUACGCAAGAUGACAUCGACGACAAUGAUUAUGAUAAUACAAACCAAGAGUAUAACGAGACUGGAUUGUUGGUGUCCACCCAAUCGAAAAAAGACGAGGAGGAUGAAGAAGCUGAUCAAAUUUUUAAAGAGAUAGAAAACAGAUUAAAGUCUCGUAGAAAGCAGCACAAGGUUGUUAAAGUUCCAACCGAUGUUGAGCUAGACAAAAAAUCACAAUUUUCAGACCUUAAACGGGAUUUGACCUCAUUAACAGAGGAAGAAUGGCUACUGCUACCCGAAGCUGGAGAUAUGACAAGAAAAAAUAAGAGACUGCGUAUACUAGAGCAACAGCUGCAGAGAUUUUAUACUGCUCCGGAUCUGAUCCUAGCGAAAGGAGCCAGGAUGUGGCUGAAUGACUCUAUGACUAAAACCGAAAAGGAAAAUUAUCUAACUGCUCAAUUGGACAGACUCUCCACAGGAAAGAGUGUGAAUGGUACCACAGUAAUAGACGAAUCUAUUUUGAGUUCAACUGGUGCUGAGAUGGACGCAAAAUUUGCUGAUCUAAAGAAAGGUCGUUUAGUUCUUUCAUCGCUACGGAAAACAGAACCGUACAAGCCAAGCUCUUGGAUACAAUCUGCAAGAUUAGAGGAGCAAGGGAAGAACUUCAAUAAGGCAAGAGAAUUGAUUUCGCAGGGGUGUAAGGUUAUCCCUGGCGCUGAAGAGGUUUGGUUAGAAAGUGCCAGACUCAAUAUGAAUGAUACCGAAUACGCCAAAGCUAUUGUGAAAGAAGGAUUAAAGUACUGCAAAGACUCGGUCGACUUGUGGAUGAAAGCAAUUGAAAUGGAAGUGGAGAAUAAAUUUAAAAAGAGAAUGAUUAUGAAAGCAUUGGAGAAUUUUCCUCGGGAUGAUAGAUUUUGGAAGCUACUAAUUGCCCUAGAAGAUGAUGAAGAUGUUGUUCGAAAGUUGUUAGCAAAAGCCGUUGAUCUUUGUCCCAAAACGUGGGAAUUUUGGAUAGCUUUGGUGAAUAUAUCGUCAUAUGAAGACGCCAAAAAGUACUUGAAUAAAGCACGAAAGAAUCUACAUGGUGAUGUAAAAGUAUGGAUUGCCGCUUGCAAAUUGGAGGAGCGAGAAAACCCUGAUAUUCCUAAAGAAAAAAUUCGUAAGUUGACUGAUCGAGCAGUGAUUGAAAACCCGAAAGUAUCAAAGUCAGAGUGGUUUGACAUUGCCACGAAAGCAACAGAGGAAGGUUUUCCCAAAACAAGUAAGGAGAUUGUAUCGAGCUUUUUGAAAUCUCUGGACCCAAGUCUAGAGGAAUUGCUUAUCGAAGCAGAAGAUCAAGGCAAGGGUGGUCAUGAAGUCAAUAUGCGUUGCAUAAUAGCCUAUUUAGUUGGGUUGGACAUCGGUGAUGACACCAUUUGGCACAGCCUUAUGCUCAUGGUUAGAAAGUAUAUGGAUUCUGAAUCAUUGCUACGAUAUUACUCAAUGGCCGUUGCAAAAAGUCCCGACUCGAUACCAUUAUACUUGAUGUAUGCCAAAGAUGCAUGGAAAGUUGCUGACAAUGUCGAAAAGGCUCGCGAAAUUUUACAUCAUGCCAAUAGUAAAUUUGACGAUGAUUCAAUCAAACUUGCAAUGAUUAAACUCGAAUUCAACUCUGGAAGUAUUGACAAAGCCGGAUCUAUUGCGGAAAGUAUCAUCGAGAAUGAACCAACCAGGAAUGUUAAAUUUUGGUACAAAUAUAUUCACAUUUUACGAUGCAAGAGGGAAUCUUCGGAGAGGGCUUUAUCAAUGUCAAACCAAGCGUUGAAUUUUUUCCCUGUUAAUUGGAAGCUUCAUUUGCAACACAUUCAGAUACUCAUGGAAGAUGUGAAGGAUCUCAAGUCAGCGAGGGAUGCUGCCGCAAUAUCGGUCAAAAAAUGCCCUCAAUGUACAAACUUGUGGAUCAUUUAUUCUUUGAUUGAGGAACAAUCGGGUGUUCUCAUUAAAGCAAGGUCUGUUUUAGAUACAGCUUCGUUAGCGAUCUCUAAUUCAGUUGAUAUCGCAGUGGCACGUGUUGAGCUUGAAAAACGUCAAAAGAAUAUGAAGGCAACAAUCAAUUUGGUUAGCAAGAACUUGAAGCAAUUCCCUUCCAAUGCGAAUGUUUGGUAUCAACACCUUUCCCUUAUACCCAAAAUGUCGCUUCGUAAACCUGAAUUUGUUAAUGCGUUAGAAAAGACAAACAAUUCCCCGCAAAUUUUGCUAUACUUGGGGGUCUUAUUUUGGAAAGAUGGGAAAUUUGUUAAAGCAAAGUCCUGGUUUGAAAGAAGUUUGAGUGCGGAUUCUACAAACGGAGACGCGUGGUCUUGGCUAUACACAUAUUGGAAACAAAAUGGCAAUGAUGAGAGCAUGUCCGUAUUUUUAAGAGACUUCAGCGCCAAAUACGAUAAUAUUACUACAGGAUCUACAUUCAAAAAGGUGCAAAAGGAUCCAAAAAAUUAUCGAUUGUCACAAGAAGAGAUUUUGGAAUUGGUAUCCACAAAAUUAUUAAAGCUCUGA